AUGGAAACAGCUACACCACUUAUUCUACAAAUUAGAGAUAUAACUGAACAAUCAAUUGGUCAACGUGUCCAAUUCAAAGGUUGGGCUAGAAUGGUCCAUGAAGUCGGUAAAAAGACCUUUUUCACUGUCUAUUCAGGUGGUUAUUUAGUCAAAUGCAUUUACAAGGCCACUGAAGAACGGUUGCAUUUAACCAAACAUACUUCUGUUGUUGUUACUGGCACUGUUAAGGCCAACUUUACUAAAGACCAAUUCCCAUGUGAAGUAGACGUAGAAACUUGUGAAAUCUUUGGGGGUAAAGUUGCGCCCGGCUUUGAGAUUAGCAAAGACACUAGUGAAUCUAUUAUGUGGGACCAUGCCCAUCUUUUAAUACGUGAGCCUGAAAGAGCUGCUGUGCUUUUAGCCCGAGCUGAACUCUUAAAGAUUAUACGGGAGUACUACAACCAAUCUGAGUACGUUGAAAUUACUCCUCCAACUUUAGUGCAAACUCAAGUGGAAGGGGGCAGUACUCUUUUUGAACUAGAUUACUUUAACGAACCGGCUUUUCUUACUCAGAGCUCACAACUCUACCUAGAGACAGUUGUGCCUGUUUUUGACAAGUCUUACUGCAUUGCUUCUUCCUACCGAGCUGAGAAGAGUAGCACUCGGCGCCAUCUUAGUGAGUACACCCAUAUUGAAGCUGAACUGGCUUGGAUUGAGUUUGAUCAAUUAUUAGAUAGUAUUGAAGAGUUACUUAUCUCCAUUAUUAGCGGGUUCAACAUUCGAUGUCUUCCCAUCAUCAAAAGAUUUGGUUUAGAGGCUAAAGUGUUCCCAGUUCCUGAUAAGGGAUUCCCAAGAGUAACUCAUCGGGAGGCCAUUGAUAUUCUACGAGCUAGUGGCAAGUUUAUGAAAGACGAUGGUAGUCAGUACACUUACGACGAUGACAUUCCCGAUUUGCCAGAAAGAUACAUUUGCCAGCACGUGGGACAGGGCAAGCCCGUGUUUAUGACCCAUUUCCCAGCCCACUUAAAGAGUUUCUAUAUGGCUAAAGAUGCAGAUGGUACUACCUUGAGUUGUGACCUUCUUUUCCCCGAGGUUGGUGAAAUCGUAGGAGGAUCCAUGAGGAUACAUAACUACGACGAACUGGUGGCUGGCUUUGAAAGGGAGAACAUUUCCCCGGCUCCAUACACGUUCUAUACUGACCAAGCUUUAUAUGGACCUUGUCCACAUGGCGGGUACGGACUUGGAUUUGAGAGAAUCAUUAUGGGUCUACUCCCUGAGCUGGUGAGUAAAGUAAGAUUUGCCUGUCUCUAUCCUCGUUUCCUGGGCCGGUGCACUCCUUAA